AUGGAAAUGAUGCAUCUUUUUGGUGCUGAUUCGAUUUUGGACCGGGAUCGGCUAGCACUGGCUGUCUAUCUGGCUCGCCGUGAUGUCGCUCAGUUGGUCUCAGGAACAGACAUGCAGCCAGUGAAAGAGAAGAAAACCAAAACCCUCCCUCAGCGACCCACCGUCUCGACAAAACCAACCACACAAAGCCGGGUUACUAUUCGUCCAUGUUCAGCGGGACAUACCCUAGCUCCUGACUGUGCCAGUCAGCCGCUCCGAGCAGAAAAUGUUGGAUUGACUUCAUCUACCCCGAUCUCACAUGGUGUCCCUCAGGAAGAAAGUCCCGGACACCCACCGGAGUCACUUCCUGCUCGUGGCACUUCUCCACCAACCCGUGACCUUAAUUCAUGCAACAUCCCCCGCCGGACACGCCCCCUGCAUGCUCCCACUGAAAAACAGCUACAGUGCGCUAAGGACUCCCAUCUACGUCAAUUACAGGCAAAAAUUGCUCGCUAUUCUUCUGCACUGGCAGAUCUACGAAUACGCCCGACCGAAACUACCAGGACACGUUCUGAAGCCAAUGGUACCGGAGCGGUGGUGCGACAGCCACCAGUAAGACGGAGAAACAGUGUCUCGCUACGUCCUGUCCCUAGAAAAUCCCGUUCAGCGUCAUUUCUGCAGCAGAACGUUGUGCCACUAGGGUUCAAAAUACAUUCCCGGCCAAACUCAUUUCGACCAGGUAUUUCAAGCUGGCCAAAUAACCAUCGUCGGUCAGUCUCGGAGACACACAGGAAGUCUGCUGUCUCAUCCAAGCAGCAGAAAAUUCGUGAGCAGGUGGACGCGUUAUGGGCUGAAGCCCGACAGUCCUUAAGUGUGGUUGAUAGCGAAGUGGUCGUCCUCGAACCAGAUCAGGAAAACCCUAUUCAGAACCUGAACAACGUUCCUUCCGUCGAUGCUUCCCCAUACGUUAUCCCCGAAGAAACCCAGAAGGAAAACAACCAGCUCGGUACAAAGCACGCUCGUUUCCGUACUCAGUCACCGAAAAGAAUAGAACGUCUUAGGACUACUCAUCAUUCAGCCAGACCGAGCACAAGGGAAGAGCAAGGUAGGGAGGUCAUGCCACUUUCAGUGGAUGAUGUCCUCAAUCAACUGGACGAAGCGGAGGCCGAGGAAAACUCGAUACGUCAUCGCUGGGCCCAUCUAUCUUUUGGUCUUGACCGAGGACGACGACCUUCAGUGAAAAAGGAAUACGACUCCUCUGACGCUUUCGUCACCGCCCGGCCAAUAUUAAUCCCCAAUCGGCCUGAAGCUCAAUUAGGGCGACGCCAGAACACCCUUAUGAAAAAAACAGCAGAAAACCACAUGAGUCUUCCCGGAGGCACGCACAUUGUAUUCACAAAGACUGUCCCCGACGCCACAUAUACAAGUAAGAGAACGCAGUCACCCCUGAAAGCCCAGGAUUCAGGUUACUUCGCGAAUUCACGAAUUGCCCUGAGAUUACCAACACAGCUUCACCGAAAACUCUUGCUGGAGGCCGCUAGGCGCCACAGGCACUUUGUCAUGGUGUGCGAACAACGCAACAUACUUACAGCCGAGGAUUGUAAAAAUGUACAUCCCACACGUGUUUGUGAAUGGCUGGCCGAUGAACUGGUUGAUCAGUUACUCAGCGAAGUCGUUGCAGAUAUUGAACGAGAGACAUCAGAAUUAGUGGAGGAAAUUGUAGAAGGUGAGUUACACACCGAGGCCCCUGAUUCAACAUUGACAACACACAGCAACAUGAGCGAUUUGGACGAUGGUCAAGUGCCUAUUAAUACACCAUUUCCAGGGGUGGAGGAUCAAUUGGCGAUUGUUGAGAGCAGUGAACCAAAACCCCAUUUCACUCCACGGUCGGAUCUGUCGCCUGUACACGCCCCCAUGAAAAACUCACUGCAGCAAUCUAGGGAUGAGCCCAUAGUGCUUACUUCCUCAAAAGAACGGCAAUCUACGAAGGCGGAUCCUACGCAAUACAGCCUCGAGUUUGAUGAGUCUGCGACUGAUCAGAAUUGUUCUACGAUCCAUUCUUCCUAUCAGGCUGAUGCCGCACAAGUCUUAAACGGCAAUUUUACUGAGUCACGAUCAUUGUCUUCGGCCACACUGAUUGCGACUCAGGCCUUACACCAAGCAUGUGAAAGUAUGGAUGAUCUUACUGACCGCAUUAUUGACAGUCCCUUGCCAUCUCAAUAAUGUAGUCGGUCGAUCAGUUCAUUAUCGUGAUAUUCCCAACUAAUUUGCAUUCUUGUGAUCGAAAACGAGAAGCUUUUUGGCGUCUUUGGCUUCAUAACAUAGGCAUGCAUGCUCGUUACCUACUAUGGUUUUGCCCGAUUUCGAACUGGAUAUCAUGUAUUUGAAGGAUACAGUGUGUACAACUGUG